GCUUAAAAUUCAAAGCCGACAAAUCAGCAUGAAUAAUGUGCAGGCAAUCUCUGGCUUCAAUCUAUGCAUUGAUGUUGCGGCAUGCAUUGAUUUGCAGAAACAAGUUGACAACUAUGAUGCGAAUGGACUCACAAUUUCAGCAAUCUGUGGCAUUAUUUUAGUAUUAAAUCACAUGGUAAUAUGUUCUGUGCACUUGUACUAUGCCUCCAAGCUGCUCAACGUGAUAGAUGAGAAAAGCUUUUUAAAAGUGCAUCAGUGGUUUCUCAAAUUACUUCAGUUUAUGUGCGUAGAAUGUGUGGUUGUAUUCUUAUUUUUGUUUUUUUCAAACAAUGUUUUGUACUUUAUAAUUUUUGGGAAUAUGAGCGUGACUUUCAAGUUGUACAUGUUGUGGCCAAUCAAACGUUUUAUGAAACACCUUCGAGACAAAUCUUACAUACCUCCAGGCACGUUGUGGAACAAUGGAUUUUAAUAUUGAAAUAAAUUUUUAUUGCCGUUUUCCA